UCUUUGCCUGGUUUUGGUAUCAGGGUUAUGCUGGCUUCAUAGAAUGAAUUCGUAAGUAUCACUUUCUUUUCUAUGUUCUAAAACAGUCUGAGUAGUACUGGUGUAAGCUCUUCUCUGAAUGUUUGGUAGAAUUCUCCAGUGAAGUGAUCUGGACCAGAGGUUUUUUUUGUUGUUGUUGUUUGGACUUUUUUUUUUUCCAUUGUCUUUUCAAUCUCUUCUCUUGUUAUGGGUCUGUUCAGAUUUUCAACAGCAUUUUCUGUAAGUUUGGGUAGGUAGUGUGUUUCUAGUAAUUUGUCUAUUUCCUCUAUGUUUGCAAAUUUGUUGGAGUGUAGUUUUUCAUGAUACUCUGUUAUGAUUCUUUUUCCUUCAGUUGUGUCUGUUGCAAUGUUCCCAAUUUCAUUUAUUUGGGUUAUUUGUGUCCUCUCCUGUUUUUCUUUUGUCAGUUUGACCAGUGGUUUGUUGAUUUUGUUGAUCGAUUCAAAGAUCCAACUUCUGGUUUUGUUGAUGCUUUCUAUUCUUUUUCUAUUCUCUAUUUCAUUUAUUUCUGCUCUAAUCUUUGUUAUUUUCUUUCUUCUGGUUGCUGAGGGCUUCUUUUCCUGUUCUCUUUUUAUUUGUUCAAGUUGUGCAGCUGAUGUUUUGAUUCUGUCCCUUCUUUUUUGAUGUGUGCAUCUAUUGCUAUAAAUUGACCUCUGAACCCUGCCUUUGCUGUGUCCCAAAGGUUUUGGUAAAAUGUGUUUUCAUUCUUGUUUGAUUCUAGGUAAUUUUUUUAAUUCCAUCUCUGAUUUCUUGUAUUACCCAGUGAUUUUUAAGCAGGGUGUUAUUCAGUUUCCAUGUAAUUGAUUUUUUUCCCUUGCUCUUCCUGUUGUUAAUUUCUACUUCAAUGUCUUUGUGGUCAGAGAAGAUAUUUUGUGUUAUCUCAGUGUUUUGGAUUUUGUUGAGGGUUGCUCUGUGGCCGAAGAUGUGGUCUAUUCUGGAGAACAUUCCAUGUACAUUGGAAAAGAAUACAUACUUUAGCUGUUGGGUGGAGUGUUCUAUAUAUGUCUAUGACGUCAAGUUGGCUGAUUAUGCCCUUCAGGUCUUCUGUGUCUUUGUUGAGUUUUUUUCUAGAUCUUCUGUCCUUUACAGAGAGUGGUGCAUUGAAGUCUCCUACUAUUAUUGUGGAACUGUCAAUUUCUGUUUUCAGUGCUGUUAGAGUUUGUUUUAUGUAUUUUGGAGCCCUGUCAUUGGGUGCAUAGAUGUUUAUUAUGGUUAAGUCUUCAUGAUGGAUCAUCCCUUUAAUCACUAUAUAGUGUUCUUUGUCUUUUAUAAUGUUUUUUGUUUUAAAGUCUGUUUUGUCUUGUAUUAAUAUCACAACACCUGCUCUUCUUUGGUAAUUAUUUGCUUGGUGUAUUUUUUCCAUCCUUUGAUUUUUAAUAAAUUUAUGUCUUUUUUUUCUAAGGUGUGGGUGUGUCUCUUGUAGGCACCAAAUUGAUGGAUCUUUUUUUUUUUUUUUAAUCCAUUCUGUCACUCUGUGUUUGUUUAUGGGUGCAUUUAUGCUAUUUAUAUUCAGUGUAAUUAUUGAUAGUUGUGAGUUUAUUGCUGUCAUUUUGUAGCGCUUUUUUUUUUUUUUUGUGGUGCUGACAUUUUCUUUGUUCCUCUUACUCUCCUGUACUGAGUUCCUCUUGUUUGUAGAUUUCUUUUUCAUUUCUUUUGUUUUUGUAGAUUUUGUUUUUACUGAGACUUUAUGUUUCUCUUCUUUAUUUUGAUUACUAGGUUUGUUAACUUUCUUUUGGUUACCUUGAAAUUUACCCCUAUCUUCCUAGAUUUGAACCAGUCUAUUAUUACUUGGUAUUGCCUCGCCUUCCUCUGCAUUAGAAAGUUCUGCACCUACACUGUUUAUUCCCUCUUUUAUUGCUGUGACAUUGUUAUCAUUUACAGAUUAACCUCUCUGGUUCUCUGCUGUAAUUUUUUUGGUUUUUAAUAGUCCUUGAGAGUUCAUUUCUUAGGUUGGUAUCUUGCUGGGACCAUUUUACAUCCUAGAUUAAGGCUGAGGUCUGCUGUCAUUUCUUCUCAGACUGAAGGACUUCCUUUAAUAAUUCUUGGAAUUUUGGUUUGGUUUUUACACAUUCCCUUAAUGUCUGUUUAUCUGGAAAUGGCCUAAUUUCCUACCAUAUUUGAAUGAGAGCUUUGCAGGAUAUAGUAUUCUUUUUUGGCAAUUUUUUUCUUUCAAGGUUUUAUAUAUGUCAUACUAUUGCCUUUCUGUCUGCAUGGUUUCUGCUAAGUAAUCAGAGUUUAGUCUAAUUGUUUCUCCUCUGUAUGUGACUUUUUGUUUUUCUCAAACUGCUCUAAGGAUUUUUUCUUUGUCUUUGGUUUUAGCGAGUGUGAUUAUGAUAUGCUUUCGUGAUUUUCUUUUGGGAUCUAUACUCUAUGCAGCUUGUUGAACUUCUUGGAUGGUCAUCUUUUCAUCUUUCAUGAUAUUUGGGAAGUUUUCAUCAGCAAUUCUUCAAUGUUCCUCUGUAUGUUUUCCAUUUUCUCCCCCUGUUCUGUAACUCCAAUCACUCAAAAAUUUUUGCUUUUGAUUGUAUCCCACAUAACUCUCAGGCUUUCUCCAUCUUUCUUCUUUUUGUUUCUGAUUUUUCUUCAGACAGAGUUGUGUCCAAGUGUUUGUCUUCCACUUUGCUGAUCUUGUCUUCCAUCAUUUCAGACCUGCUCCCCAGUCCUUCUAUGAGACUGUCCAUUUCUGAAAUCUUGUUUAUGUUUUGGAUUUCGAGUUGUUGUUGUGUAUGAUUUCUAGUUUUUAAUUUAUUUUGACAUUUUGUUCCUGUAUUAUUUUCCUGAAUUCUCUGUUUUUUGUCUGUAUUUGCCACAAAUUUGUCUGCCUUUUCAAUGAAUUUGUCUAUUUUUUCCUUAUUUUUGUCUGCUUUUUGCUUCAACUCUUGGAUAUCUGAAUAUUAGAGAUUUAAAUUCCCUAUCAGGUAGUUUGGGAAACUCUGGUGGCUUAGUUGUUAGAUGCUAAAGCUGCUAACCCAAGGGUCGGCAGUUCAAAUCUGCCAGGGGCUCCUUGGAAACUCUAUGGGACAGUUCUGCUCUGUCCUAAAGGGUCGCUAUGAGUCAGAAUCGACUUGGCGGCACUGGGUUUGGUUUUUUGGUUUAUCAGAUAGUCUAGUGCCUUUUCUUCUACAGGAAAGGCAUCUGGUAUUUUAUCUUGGAUCCCUACUGGAACCAUUCUUUUUUUAAGAUGUUUUAAUAUUGUCUGCUGUCUUCAGGAAAUUCAGUAGUUAUUCACUUCAUUUAUUGAUUGUAGUUCUGUUUGUUUUGUCUUGCCUUUUUUUUUUUGUUUUAUUUGGUUAUAUCUGAGCAGACAGGUUGUGUGUUCUUUGAUGUUUACUCAUCUUUGGCCACAGUACUUUUCAUCUCCUUGUCCAAUGGGCAGGGCCAGUCACUCAGCUUUGGUGAACUAGGGCUGUUCUAGCUGAAAGCGAGGGGCUGGAAUGGGUUCUUUGUGACAUGUACUAUGGUCAACAGUGUGGGCCAGGAAUCAGUGCUGGGGAGGUUCCAGUAGCCCAUGCCUGUGCUGCUCAGGGGUAUGAUGUUCAGCACAUGGUGAAAGUAAGCAGGAAGGAGGAGGGAGGUUGUGAUGUGUGGAGCUAAUAUGGCUAUGGGACAGAGGAGAGAAAGAGGAACAGGAGCCAAAAACAAACAAACACACAAAAGAAAAAAGUGCUAAGGAAGCUUGCUGUUGGAGUGGCGAGGUGAGAAAUGGAGAAAAACAAAAAGGAAAAUAUAGAAAAGGGAAAAAUAACUAGAUAAUAAUUCGGAAAAGAAAAGCCUCAGGGUACCCACCAGUGCAGCUGCAAAGACUGGGGCAAUGGCUCCCAGACUGAGCAAUAUACCCUGUUAGAGGGGGUAGAGAUGUCACACAGCACGAGGUAUUCUGGAGACAGGAAUAGAAGACAGGAAUAGAAGUAUAGAGAGGCAAGAACUGAGAAAUGAAGAAAGACAGAAAGGAAAAAAAGAGAAAAAAAGAAAAAGGAAAUGCCCCUAGUUAUCCCACCUACAUGGCUGUACAGAUUGGGGAGUCGCUCCUAAGUGCUGCAGUGCAGCCCUGCUAGAAGGGGCUUCCAAGCUGUGAAAAGAAAGAGAAAACAAAACAGAACAAAUCAAAACAAAGCAAAAAAAAAAAAAAAAGCCCAAGUGAUCCAACCAGCAUGGUGUCACGGGCCAGGGGAGUGGUUCCCCAGUCAAGGGGUGCUUCAUGGCCUUUCAAGAGGAAGCAAAGAUGGCACAUGGAGUCAGAUGUUCAAGACAAAGGAGGGAGAGGUGGUGGGAGGAAGAGAAGAAACUAACAGAAACAGAAUAAAGCAACAUCAGCAACAGACAAAUGGCACUCAGAGAGGCAGCCAGUGUGGAUGGGGUAAACCCAAGGGACUGAGGUGAAUCCAAGUGACCCAGGUCUGAAGCAGUUUCCUCUGGACCAAGAGACACUGGCCAGCAGGAAACAAAGGAACCUGAGGGGUGGGGGUAAGGGUGGGGGUUAGGAAAAUGUAUAUCGUUUGUUACUGGGUGCUGUGUCUCCUGCUGGGAACUUCAUGAAGCUGCCUUCCCAUACUCCCUGUCCGCCAAUCUCUGAUGUGGGUGGGGCAAACCCAAGUAGCAUGGAUGCUGCACUUCCCGGCCAGCCAAUCCACUGUUACCAGCUGGAAAGCACAGAGGUAGAACAGCAGGGAGAGGAUGGGCGGUGGGAAAGUGUGUAUCACUGGUUACCAAAUGCUCUGUCUCUUGCUGGGAGCACCGCAAAGCUGCUUUACUGUGCUCCCUGUCCACCGAUCUCUGAAAGGAGUCCAAGAUGGCGAAUCUGUGCUGCAUUAGCCGAUAGGGGACCUCCACACUUGUAUCUCUCCUCACUGUUCUCUGUCACAUUCUUACUCUAUUUGGUGCUUAGCUGAGUUGCUUAACUCUUCAUUUGACACCCUGGGUUGCAGGACUGACAUUUUCUCUGCUUUACUUAGUUUUCAGGUCUUUGCUGUGGAGGGAUGGCAUGGAGCUUCUGUCUACAGUGCCAUGUUGACUGGAAGUCCCUGGUUCCAUCUUUUUGCUAUUGUGCACAGUACUGCAAUGAACAUGGGUGUGCAUAUAUCUAUUCAUGUGGAGGCUCUUAUUCCUCUAGGAUAUAUUCCAAGGAGUGGGAUUGCUGGAUCAUAUGAUAUUUCUAUGUCUAGCUUUCUAAGGAAGCAUCAAAUCAAUUUCCAAAAUGGUCAUACCAUUUUACAUUCCCACCAGCAGUGUAUAAGUGUUUCUGUCUCUACACAACCUCUCCAGUGUUUAUUAUUUUCUGUGUUUUGGAUUAAUACUAGCCAGCCUUGUUGGGGUGAGAUAGUAUCUCAUUGUAGUUUUGAUUUGCAUUUCUCUAAUGGCUAAUGAUCUUGAGCAUUUCCUCAUGUAUCUGUUAUCUGCCUGAAUGUUUUCUUUGGUGAAGUGCCUGUUCAUAUCUUUUGCCCAAUUUUUAAUUGGGUUAUUUGUCUUUUUUGUUGAGAUUUUGCAGUAAUUUAGAUUUUAGAGAUUAGGUGCUGACAGCAUUUGUUGUAGCCAAUUUUUUUUUCCCAGUCUGUAGGUUGUCUUUUUACUUUUUUGGUGAAGUCUUUGGAUGAGCAUAAGUGUUUGAUUUUUAGGAGCUCCUAGUCGGAAUAGACUCGACAGCACUGGUUUUUUUUAGUCAUCUAAUUUUUUAAUUACUAAUUGGUCAUCUAAUUUCUCUUCUGGUGUUUGUGCAUUGUUAGUAAUGUUUUGUAGUCUGUUUAUGCCAUGUAUUAGGACUCCUAGAGUUGUUUCUGUUUUUUAUACCAUGAUCUUUAGAUUGUAUAUUCAGGUCUUUGAUCCAUUUUGAGUUAGUUUCUGUGCAUGGUGUGAGGUAUGGGCCUUAUUUCAUUUUUUUUGCAGGUGGAUAUCCAGUUAUGCCAGCACCAUCUGUUAAAGACACUGUCUUUUCCCAAAUUAACAAACUUUGUGCCUUUGUCAAACAUCAGCUAUUCAUAGGUGGAUGAAUUUUGUUGCCUUUGUCAAACAUCAGCUGUUCAUAGGUGGAUGAAUUGAUGUCUAGAUUCUCAAUUUUGUUCCACUGGUCUAUGUACCUGUUGUUGCACCAGUACCAGGAUGUUUUGACUAUUGUGGCAGUAUAAUAGGUUCUAAAAUCAAGUAGUUUGAGGCCUUCAACUUUGUUCUUUUCCAGUAAUGCUUUUCUCCACCGGGGCUUCCUCCCUUUCCAUAUGAAGCUGGUGAUUUUUUUCUCCAUCUCAUUAAAAAAUGUCAUUGGAAUUUGGAUCGGAAUUACAUUGUAUCUGUAGAUCACUUUGGGUAGAUUAGACAUUUUCAGAAUGUUGAGUCUUCCUAUCCAUGAGCAAGGUAUGUUUUUCCACUACAUAGGUCUCUUUUGUUUUCUUACAGCAGUGUCUUGUAGUUUUCUUUGCAUAGGUAUUUUACGUCUCUGGUUAGAUUUAUCCCUAAGUGUUUUAUCUUCUUGGGGGUUAUUGUAAAUGGUAUUGAUUUGGUGAUUUCCUCUUCGAAGUUCUCUUUGUUGAUGUAGAGGAAUCCAACUGAUUUUUGUAGGUUUAUCUUGUAUCCUGAUACUUUGUUGAAAUCUUCUAUUAGUUCCAGUAGUAUUCUUGUGGAUUCUUUGGGGUUAUUCUUUGUAUAAGGUCAUUUCAUUUGCAAAUAGAUAUACUUUUACUUCUUCCUUACCAAUUUGGAUAAUGUUUUUUCUUUUUGUAGUCUAAUUGCUCUGGCUGGGAUCUCCAGCACAAUGUUGAAUAACAGUGGUGGUAAAGGGCAUCCUUGUCUAGUUCCCAUUUUCAAGAGGAGUGCUUUCAGACUCUCUCCAUUUAGGAUGAUGUUGGCUGUUGGCUUUGUAUAAAUGCCUUUUAUCGUGUUGAUAAUUCUUAUUUUGCUAAAGUUUUUAUCAUGAAUGGGUAUUGGACUGUCUCAAAUACCUUUUCUGCAUCAAUUAAUAAGAUCAUGUGGUUCAUGUCUUUUGUUUUAUUUCCGUGAUGGAAUACAGUGAUUGUUUUUCUAAUGUUGAACCAUCCGGUGUGAAUUCUACUUGGUCAUGGUGAAUUAUUUUUUUGAUAUGUUGUUGAAUUCUGUUGGCUAGAAUUGUGUUAAGGAUGUUUCUGUCUAUGUUCAUGAGGGUAUGUGUGUAUAAUUUUCUUUUUUGUGGUACGCUUACCUGUUUUUGUUAUCGGGGUUAUGUUGGCUUCAUAGGAUGAGUUUGGGAGUAUUCCAUCUUUUUCUUCACCCUGAAAUAUCUUUAGUAGUAGUGGUGUUAACUCUUCUCUGAAAGUUUGGUAGAUAUCUCCAGUGAAGCCAUCAGGACCAGGGCUUUUUUAUUGUUAUUUUUGGGAGUUUUUAAAUUACCUUUUAAAUCUCUUCUUUUGUUAUGGGGUUAUUUAGUCAUUCUACCUCUGUUUGUGUUAGUUUAGGUAGGUAGUGAGCUCCUAGAAACUUGUCCAUUUCCUCUAGGUUUUCAAAUUCGUUAGAGUACAAUUUCUCUUAGUGUUCUGUUGUGAUUCUUUUAAUUUGUUCUGUUUCAAAAUUGCCCAUCUCCUUUCUUAUUUGGGUUAUUUGCUUACUCCUGUUUUUCUUUUGCCAGUUUGGCCAAUAGUUUACUGAUUUUGUUGAUCUUUUCAAAGAACCAGUUUUUAGUCUUGUUAACUCUUUCAAUUGUUUUUGUGUUCUCUUUCAUUUAAUUCUGCUUUAAUUUUUAUUAUUUACUUUCUUUUGGUGCCCAAAGGCCUCUUUUGCUUCUCUCUUUCUAUUUGUUCAAGUAGUAGGGAUAAUUCUUUGAUUUGGGCUGUUUCUUCUUUUUGGAUGUUUACAUUUAUUGCUAUAAAUUGACCUCUGAGGACUGCUUUAACUGUGUCCCAAAGAUUCUGGUAGGAUGUGUUUUCAUUCGCAUUUGAUUCUAUGAAUUUCUUUAUUCCAUCCUUAGUUUAUAACCUAGUAUUUUUUGAGCAAGGUGUUGUUCAGUUUCCAUGUGUUUGAUUUUUUUUUCCUUGCUUUUUCUGUUUUUGAUUUCUACUUUCAUGGCUUUAUGGUCAGAAGAGAUGCUUUGUAAUAUUUUGAUGCUUUGCAUUCUGUUAAGGCUUGCUUUAUGGCCUAAUAUGUGGUCUAUUCUGGAGAAUGUUCUAUGUGCUUUGGAAAAGAAAGUAUACUUGGCUGCUUUUGUGUGGAGUGUUCUGUAUAUGUCUGUGAGGUCAGUUUGGUUGAUUGGGGCAUAUAGAUCUUCUGUGUCUUUAUUGAGCUUCUUUCUGGAUGUUCUGUCCUUCACUGGAAGUGGUGUGUUGAAGUAUCCUACUAUUAUUGUGAAGGUGUCUACCUCUCUUUUCAAUGCUAUCAGUGUUUGUUUUAUGUAUUUUGGAGCCCUGUCAUUGGGUCCAUAAAUAUUUAUUAUGGUUAUGUCUUCCUGGUAUAUCGACCCUUUAAUCAUUUUGUGUUUCUUUUUAUGUCUUCCUGGUGUAUCGACCCUUUAAUCAUUAUAUAGUGCCCUUUCUUAACCUUUGUCAUGGAUUUUACUUUAAUGUCUGUUUUCUCAGAAGUUAAUGUUGCUACAUUGCAAAAUGAGUUCAUGCUGUCAUUUUGGUGUAUUAUUUUUCAUGUGUGUUGUUGACAGUUUAUUUGUUCGUUUAAUUUUCUGUGCUGUCGUUUUUCUUUAUGAAUUUAUUUUCAUCUUUUUUCUUGUUGAUUUUGUAUUUGCUGAGUCUUUAUGUUUUUCUUGCUUUUUAUUUUGAUAUGUAGGAUUGUUAGUUUCCUUUGUGGUUAGCUUAACAUUUACCCCUCCCUAUUUUUCUAAGUUUAAAUCAAUCUGAUAUUUCUUUAUUUCCCCUUGACUUCCUCUCCUUAUGAAAGGUCUGUGACUACCUUUUUUAGUCACUCUUUUUCAUUUUAAUGUUGUCACCUUUUACAUGUCGGCAUUUCUGUUUCCCUAUUUUCAGUGUUUAUCUCUGCUUUAUUUUCGUGACUUCCCUAUCUGGGUUGAUAUCUGGUUGCUCUGUGCUCUGUUCUAGUCUUGGGUUGUUAUUGAAUGUUAUUGAUUUUCUAACUGAAGGACUCCCUUUAGUAUUUCAUGUAAAUUUUUUUGCAAAUUACCAAAAUUUGUAUUUAUCUGAAAAUGCCUUAAUUUUGCCAUAUUUCGGAGACAGUUUUUCUGGAUAUGUAAUUCUUGGCUGCCUUUUUUUUCUUCAAGGAUUUAUAUAUAUGUCAUCCCAAUGCCUUCUUGCCUGCAUGGCUUCUGCUGAGUAGUCUGAGCUUAGUCUUAUUGACUCUUCUUUGUAGGUGCCUUUUUCUUUAUCCCUAGCCACUCUUAAAAUUCUCUCUUUAUCUUGGUUUUGGCAAGAUUGAUUAAAAUAUGUCUUGGUGACUUUCUUUUGGGACCUACCUUGUGUGAGGUUCAAUGAGCAUCUUGAAUAGAUAUCUUCGCAUCUUUCACGGUAUCAGGGAAGUUUUCUGCUGACAAAUGUUCAACACUUUUCUCUGUAUUUUCUGUUAUCCCCCUCUUCUUGUGCGCCAAUCACUUUUAGGUUAUUCCUCUUCAUAAAGUCCCAUGUAAUUCUUAGUGUUCAUUUUUUAAAAAUUCUUUUGUCUCAUUUUUCCUCAAAUAAGUUGAUGUUAAGUGCUUUAUCUUCAGCCGCACUAACGCUGACUUUCAUUUCCUCAAUUUUCUUCCUAUUACUUUCUACUGAAUUGCCUAAUUCUGAAAUUUUAUUGUUAAUCUUCUGGAUUUCUGUUUGCUGUCUCUCUAUGGAUUCUUGCAGCCUGUUAAAUUUGUUAUUAUGCUUUUCUCUAAUUUUCUUAAGUUUCUCUGUUGCUUUAUCUGUGUUUUCCUUGGCUUGUUCUGCAUUUUGCCUGAUCUCCUUCCUGGUCCCUUGAAGAGUUCUGUAUAUUAAUAUUUUUUCUUCUACUUCCAGUAAUUCCAGGAAAUUAUCUUCCUCUGGAAGAUUCCUUGAGUCUUUGUUUUGGGAGCUUGCUGAAGCCAUCGUGGUCUGCCUGUUUAUAUGAUAUAAUAUUGACUGUCAUCUCCAAGUCAUCAAUAAGUUAUAUUUAUUUAUUUCACAUUUGUUUACUAUGUCCUAGUUUCUUGUUUUGUUUUGUUUUGAUAUGGACAAAUAGGCUGCUCACGUGAGCUAGUUUGAUUAUUGAGGCCUUUGAGACCCUAAUGUCUUCUGUCCAAGUGGUGAGAUCUGUUCCUAGGUAAAUGAGCCUAGGAGUCCGUUUACUUUUCUUGUAUCAAUUCUGUUCAGAUGUCCAGGUUGUCAGUCACUAAGUGUGUGGUGCAGGCUCUCAUCUACAGUCCUAACAGGCAGGAGUGAUUGGUGUAGGUACAGGUAUUUGGCUGCAGAAGGGGGUCAUGCAAGGGGCUUGCCCCUGAGUGUCUGGGAGGAACACACAUCCCUGUUCCCUAGAGUGCCUAGGUGGGUCGGUUUUGCAGCUGGAUUCUGGACUCCCAGUGAUGUUGGCUGUAGGACUGGGAGGCACCAAUUAUUCAUGAACCUGGUCACGGAUGGCUAAGUGGUGUGUGUGGAGCCACCAGUCCUCAGGCCCCUGAUAUGGGUGGGUGAGGACCCUGCUUAAUAUGCAGAGUAGUGUCAAAUGUCAUAAGCCUCCCACUCCACCAUAUAUCUGAUACAGUUGAAGUUAGGCUUCAGGUAUAUACCCUGUUGUAUCAUACUAAUGAGGGCUGAUGCUGUUAAAGCGGGCCUACACAGGGGUGAAAGGCAUUCAAAGUCCAUGGAACCCUUGCAUCUGUACCUAGCCAAAGGAGCUGUGACUGCCUUGAGUUCUCAGCUUAGGGGACCUGGCUCAUUUUUUUUUUUUCCUUGUUGUUUGUUUGCUGCCUCUCUGAGGCAGGAAGAAUGGCUCAGGGCACGUGAAGAGUUGUACUUCUAGCCCGGGGUAUGCAGCAGUAUCAGAGGCCGGCCUGGGUGCAGAGCUGGGAGGGGGCAGGUAAAUGGGAGAGAGGUUUUUCCCAAAGGAAUGUUUUUUGAUGGGCACAGUAGGCUAGACAUAUGUACUUAUCUUUUGCCGAUUGAGCGCUGCUUUUCACUGAUUCUGGAGACUCGUAUGUAAACUCCUCGCUGCUUGUGAACCCUCUCUCCCUCCUCCCUCCACUCAGUCUGAUUCCUCAACUUUGCCUUUGAUGUCCAGGGCUCCUAGAUUGUCAUAUAUAAUUGAUUCACUUGUUUUGGGGGGUCUUUGUUGUAAGAGGGACCACAGGAAGAGUCUAACUUCUCUACCAGCUUGGUUCUGCCCCUCUGAAAAUUUUUUGAAGAUGGUGGUGAUGUCGAUCAUAAGAAAAAUGCAUUUAAUAAAAACAGUGAUUUAAAUUUACAUCCAUGGUAGUUUAUUCAUAUUGUCUCUCUGUCUUUGUGUGUCUCUCUUAAUAUCUUUCUCUCUCUCUCUCUCUCACACACACACACACACACACAUUCACAAACACACACGCAUAUGACCAGAAUAAGUUUAAAUGUUGUUUAGCCCAAACAUUCUAAAGCGAUGGGUAAGGCAUGAUGCGCAUCCUUAACUGUUAUGUGUAUCACUGUAGUACUAUAGUACCUGCCAAGAUCUUCUUAUCCAAUGAAUUUAAAGGAUAAUUGAUUUUAAAUGAUAAAUUUUAUUGAAAACCUUCUUGAAUAGAUUAAUUGCUGGAUAUCAGUACCAAGAAAAUAUUCUGAAAUGGUUUCUUCCAACUGUUGGAAGUUCACUGCCUAACAAUUAAUCCACAUUUUUUAAUUUUUGUUCCUGGGGAUGUUAUCAUUUUAUUUGUAAGAAUCUAGAUCAUAUCAAUACCAUGGUGGAAUCCAUGCAAGAGUAUAACGUAUCCUCUACAGACUUUACCUUCACGGGGCUGUUCAGCAGAAAGGAUACUGCAGAACUUCUUUUUGCCAUUGUCACUCUUAUCUUCUUCACUGCACUGAUGGCUAAUGAGGUCAUGAUCUUCCUGAUCCACACUGACUCACGCCUCCGCACUCCCAUGUACUUCCUGCUCAGCCACCUCUCCAUCAUUGACAUGAUGUACAUCUCUACCAUUGUGCCCAAGAUGCUGGUUGAUUAUAUGCUGGGCCAAAGGACCAUCUCCUUUGUGGGCUGCACAGCUCAGCUCUUUCUUUAUGUCACCUUGGUGGGAGCAGAAUUCUUCUUGUUGGGCCUCAUGGCCUAUGACUGCUAUGUGGCCAUCUGCAACCCUCUGAGAUACCCUGUCCUCAUGAGUCACAAGAUCUGUUGGAUGAUCAUAGCAGGAUCCUGGUUUGGGGGGUCUUUGGAUGGCUUCCUCCUAACCCUCAUCACCAUGAGCUUUCCCUUCUGCAACUCCCGGGAGAUUAAUCAUUUCUUCUGUGAGGUGCCUGCCGUCCUGAACUUGGCAUGUGCAGACACAGCCCUCUAUGAGACAGUGAUGUAUGUGUGCUGUGUUUUGAUGCUGCUGAUUCCUUUCUCCGUGGUGAUUGCCUCCUAUGCCCGAAUCCUGACCACAGUCCACCACAUGAGCUCAGUGGAGGGGAGGAAGAAAGCAUUUGCCACCUGCUCAUCUCACAUAACUGUGGUUACCUUGUUCUAUGGAGCUGCCAUGUAGACAUACAUGCUGUUGCACUCUUACCACACGCCAGCUCAGGACAAAAUUUUCUCUGUAUUCUAUACCAUCCUCACACCCAUGCUAAACCCCCUCAUCUACAGUCUGAGGAACAAGGACGUGACUGGUGCUCUGAGGUGGGCCUUGGGGAAGUUCAAGUCUUCACAAAGAGUGUCAGGGGAUGCCUUUUGAUGGCUAUUUCCCAUAUGAGUGGUGAAUGGGAGACUGUGGCCAGUAUGUUCAUGCUGUUAUUGAAGGAUUAAACUGGAGAGAAGGCUGCCAAAAAAAAAAAAAAGUAUAUAAAAAUGUGCCCUCUUUGUACCCCUUCCUUUAUCCUUUCUUCUUUCAUUUUUUAAAAAUGGCCCUUUCUCCUGCUCUAUUCACUUGUAUUAAAAGUAAAUGCCCCAUGGUUUCCAGAAACAUAAUUAAAAAAAAUCUUCUGGAGUUUUAUCUUUUAAAGGUAAAAUAAAUCACAUUCUAUUUUCAAUUGUGUAAACUAUAUUGACGGAGGGAAGGUGGCACUUUUGGAAUUUGUGACACUACUGUAUAAAUAUAGCUCACCAUCUAAGUGUAAGAGAAAUAUCAUCUUUUCUACUUUUUUGAGCAAUACUAUGAGCCAUCCUUUUAGAAGGAGAAUUGGUGUAUGUGCUCCCUUUUGUCAUGGGGGAGAAAGAGUCAUAAAUAACUUUUUCAACAGUCAUUGUACUCACUACAAUCAUUAGGUGCUUUUCACUUUUGGUAAAAAUAUGGUAUUUAACUUUUGUUUGCUUGCAACACACUAGUAAGUUAUUUUUCAGAUGAGUUAAAAUUGAUGGUUCAGGGCAAAGAUAUUUACCAGAGAAGACAACAUGAGUGUUUUGUUCGCUUGAAGGGGUUUCCAGGAGGUUAGAGAAACUUACUUCAGUGCUAAUUGGAAGGGCACUGCUAUGGAUUGAAGUGUGUCCCUCAAAACCAUGUGUCAACUUGGCUAGGCCAUGAUUCCCCGUAUUGUAUGGCUGUCAUUCUAUUUCGUGAUCUGAUGUGAUUAUCCUAUGUGUUGUAAAUCCUAACCUCUGUGGUGUUAAUGAGCCAAGAUUAGAGGCCGUUAUGUUAAUGAGGCAGGACUCUAUCUACAGGGUUAGGAUGUUUUUUGAGUCAAUCUCUUUUGAAGUAUAAAAGACAGAAGCAAGCAGAGAGAGCAACCUCAUACCACCAAGAAAGAAGUGCCAGGAGCAGAGUACAGGGUUCCCUGUGCUGAGAAGCUCCUAGACCAGGGGAAGAUUGAUGACAACAACCUUCCUCCAGAGCUGACAAAGAGAGAGAGGUUUCCACUGGAAUUGGUGCCCUGAAUUCUUACUUCUAUCCUCCUAAACUGUGAGAGAAUAAACUUCUGUUUGUUAAAGCCAAUCACUUGUGGUAUUUCUGUUAUAGCAGCUCUAGAUACCUAAGACAGAUAAUAAAAUCACUUUUCAAUCAUGUCAUAGGGUCAACAAGGUUAAGCAUAUGUCAGCCAGGUAAUAGCAGUUAGCUCAUGAUUUAUACCUACGCUUCCCACUGACCCAGAAAUUGAGGACAGAAAGCAUGUGACACAUGUUCAGGGUACUGUACAAUUACAUAAGGAGUUCACUCAGGAAUUGAAAGGGUGGCUUUAUUAAAUUACUAAUUCACCAUUUUGAAUUACUGUUGUGGAAACAUAGUCAUGAUCAUAAUCAUAUGUUUGUCCAUCCUUGUCUAAAAUUGAACAAUAUAUGUGCCUU